CUCGAUUCAAUCAUUUUGUAAUUUGAAUGUUUAUUUGUCAUGUACUAUCAAUAUAAGUCUUGAGAAAACUGCCAAAUUGUUCAAGGAACGGUCUAAAGUUUGUAAAUCAUUAAUCCGAACCCCUAAACUAUGGUUCCUCGGAAUUUCCUGGGAAUUUUCCCAGGAAAUUCUGAGGAACCAUAGGAUUCCUAGGAAUUUUCUGGGAAAUUUCCCAGGAAAUUCCGAGGAACCCAUAAUUCCGAGGGAAUUCCGACGGAAUUCCUGAAUCCCUCGGAAUUCCGUCGGAAUUCUGGUAAACCGGUUCGUAAACCGAAAAUUCCGACAGAAUUCCGAGGGUUUCAUUUUCCGUCGGAAUUUUCGGGGUAAAACCAGAUCUGCGGAUCUUCUUCCCCAUUUCUCUCUUUUCUCUCUUUUCCCUUGGCGAUUUCCGGCUCCUCCUCCUCUCCCUUGGCGAUUUCCGGCUCCUCCUCCUCUCCCUCUUGAUAUUCGGGCUCCCCUCCACCCCCACUCCCCUAAUCUCUCCCUCCUCCAUGGAUUCUAGUGACCAGAGUGCGAGGGCUCGAUCUCGUCGGGCCCCACCGCGAGGCCGCGCUACUUCGACGACCCCUUCGGAUUCUCGGGUUUCGUCUAGCCGGUCUCGGGGUUCGUCAUCCUCAUCGCAGAGCCCCCGUCCCGCUAUGGUUCAGCAUGCGGCUCCUUCUCCCGCUGCGGCCCCUCAUCUUCCUCACGACUUCCCAGACAUUCCCGAGCCUCAUGUCGCUCCAGGAGUGAUGACUGUUGCACAGCUGGUGCAACAGCCAGGUCGUGACCAUCUCCCUUAUCUCACUCUGUAUCCUAGGGAACCCGGUCAGACUUGGUUCGACCGAUCCCAUAACGGGAUCAGCGCUUGGAUCAACAGGAUGAUGUAUUCCGACCUCAAGAAGGGAUACGCAACCUUCACAGUGAUGCCGAGGGAUGAGCAGGAGCUCUGGUUUCGUCAGUUUGCUCAAGAGUUCAACUGGCAUCCGGAUAACACGACGUUCAUCCGCAACGCCUUCAUCCACAAAUGUAUGGAUUCAUAUUCCGGGCAAAAUAUAUGA